UGCGCCUUGUGCAGCAUGGAGCAUGAAAGGGCAGAUCAGCAAUCAUAAAAGAGAUAUGGCUCUAUAAACACACUUAUAAUGUGUUUUAACUUUUAAAUCUGAACCAGAAUUGCAGUAUUUAUCGGAUAUAUUCGGUCAACGCAUUUACAAUGUUUCGACAAAGCAGGACAAUCAUCACAAAACUCAGAAAUUUGAGUUUGCAGUGUUCAUGGAGGUCAAGAGGAAGCUCAGCUGUAGAGAGAGCACUGAAGUACACAACAGGACAGAAGAUUCAUGGCUUCACUGUCACUGAGGUAACUGCAGUUCCAGAUUUGUUUCUAACAGCAGUUAAACUCAACCAUGAUGUUACCGGAGCUCAGUAUCUACAUGCAGCCAGGGAUGAUACCAACAAUCUGUUCAGCGUGCAAUUUCGUACCACACCCAUGGACAGCACAGGUGUUCCCCAUAUUCUCGAACACACGGUUCUGUGUGGUUCUCAGCGGUUCCCCUGUAGAGAUCCCUUCUUUAAAAUGCUCAAUCGCUCUCUCUCCACCUUUAUGAAUGCUUUCACAGCAAGUGAUUACACGAUGUAUCCGUUCUCGACCCAGAAUGCCAAAGACUUCCAGAAUCUUCUGUCUGUCUAUCUGGAUGCUGUCUUCUUCCCCUGUCUCAGAGAACUGGACUUCUGGCAGGAGGGCUGGAGACUGGAACAUGAGGCUCCUACAGACCCCUCGAGCCGUCUGGUGUUUAAAGGCGUGGUCUUCAAUGAAAUGAAAGGAGUGUUUUCAGACAAUGAGCGUCUGUACGCUCAGCACCUGCAGAAUAAACUUUUGCCGGAUCACACUUAUUCUGUCGUGUCUGGAGGUGAGCCGCUAGCGAUCCCUGACCUGACCUGGGAGCAGCUAAAACAGUUUCAUGCCACACACUACCACCCGAGCAAUGCAAGGAUCUUUACAUAUGGAGACUUGCCAUUGGAGCAGCACCUAGAACAGAUUGAGAGAGAGGCUUUGUCCAAGUUUGAUCGAACACAACCCGACACGGCAGUUCCUCCCCAAACACCCUGGAACAAACCUAGGAUUGAUCAUGUGACGUGCAGCUCUGACGCUUUGGCUCCUGACCCUGUUAAACAAAACACGCUGUGCAUGAGCUAUCUGCUGGGAGACAUUACCAACACGUUUGAGACGUUUACCCUGAACCUCCUUUCCUCUUUGAUGAUUUCCGGUCCAAACUCGCCAUUCUACAAAGCCCUGAUUGAGCCCAACAUCGGUACUGACUUCUCUUCAUCAACAGGGUUUGAUGGCAGCACUAGACAAGCGUCUUUCACCAUUGGUCUUCAGGGCAUGGCAGAGGACGACUGUGAGAAGGUCAAACACAUCAUUGCCCAAACCAUCGAUGACAUCAUAGCAACUGGUUUUGAAGAGGAACAGGUUGAAGCUCUGCUACAUAAGAUUGAGAUUCAGAUGAAACAUCAGAGCACCAGCUUCGGCUUGGCUUUGGCUUCAUAUAUUGCAUCCUGUUGGAAUCAUGAUGGAGAUCCAGUGGAACUUUUGAAGAUCUCUGAAAGUGUGUCUCGCUUCCGGGAGUGUCUAAAGGAGAACCCUCACUUCUUACAGGAAAAAGUCCGGCAGUAUUUUAAGGAUAAUACACAUCAGCUGACUCUUUCCAUGAGUCCUGAUGAGAAAUUCCUGGAGAAACGGGCAGAAGCUGAAGAACACAAACUACAGCAGAAGAUACAGAGCCUCACCGAUGUGGACAAUAAAGACAUCUAUGAGAAAGGUUUACAGCUGUUGGCCGCUCAGAACACAAUUCAAGACGCUUCUUGUCUACCUGCGUUAAAGGUGUCCGACAUAGAGCCGACCAUUCCCUUCACACCUGUACAGCUGAGUGCCGCAGGCGGUAUCCCUGUACAAUACUGUGAACAGCCCACCAAUGGCAUGGUGUAUUUCAGAGCUAUGUGUAACCUCAACUCCCUUCCUGAAGACCUCAAGAUCUACGUGCCUCUGUUCUGCAACGUCAUUACCAAGUUGGGCUGUGGUGAGCUGGACUAUCGUCAGCAGGCCCAGCGCAUUGAGCUGAAGACCGGAGGCAUGACGGUCUCUCCACAGGUCAUACCAGACACAGAUGACCUUGAUCUGUAUGAGCAGGGUAUUAUCCUUUCUUCUUCCUGCUUGGAAAGAAAUCUACCAGACAUGUUUCAACUGUGGAGUGACACAUUUAACAGUCCCCAUUUCAAUGACGAGGAGCGUCUUCGUGUGCUGGUUAUGAUGUCAGCUCAGGAACUGGCCAAUGGGAUCUCAUUCUCCGGUCACUCUUAUGCGAUGACACGAGCUGCUCGAUCCCUCACACCCUCAGCUGACCUGCAGGAGACCUUCAGUGGGAUGGACCAGGUAAAGUUUAUGAAAAGGAUAGCUGAGAUGGCAGAUCUGACAUCAGUUUUGAGGAAACUUCCAAGGAUAAAGAGACACCUGCUCAAUCCAGAAAACAUGAGGUGUGCAGUGAAUGCCACACCGCUUAAAAUGGCUGAUGUUCAAGGUGAAAUGGAGAGGUUUACCCAAAAUAUAGCAGCCAAUAGAAAGGAGCGCAAACCUGUCAGACAAAACAUUGUUGAGAAGUCCUUGGAUGCUCAUACUGAAUCAGCUGCAAGUCGUAAACUCAUCUCAGAACCUAAUUUUAAACCCUGUCAGAUGAAGACUUACUUUCAGCUUCCCUUUCCAGUGAACUUUGUCAGUGAGUGCGUACGCACCGUCCCAUUUACACACACUGAUUUCCCCAGUCUGUGUAUUUUAGCACGGAUGAUGACUGCGAAGUACUUACAUGGAGAGAUCAGAGAAAAGGGCGGAGCGUAUGGAGGCGGGGUCAGAUUGGGAGCAGGUGGCCUCUUGUCCUUUUAUUCCUAUAGAGAUCCGAACUCCACGCAGACGCUGUCGGCUUUCCGAGGCGGAGUCGAGUGGGCACGAGAGGGGAAGUUUACGCAGCAAGACGUCGACGAGGCGAAGCUUUCCGUUUUUUCGGCUGUUGAUGCGCCUAUAGCACCCUCAGAUAAAGGUUUGGGACGAUUUUUAAAUGGCGUUACAGAUGAGAUGAAACAAACCUAUAGGGAAAGACUGUUCGCUGUGACUGAUAAAAACUUAAUUGAUGUUGCUGGCAGGUAUCUAGCAGUUGGCCAGCAGACGCAUGGAGUGACAAUUUUAGGACCAGAAAAUGAAAGCAUCAGAAAAGACCCAUCCUGGGUGGUCAAAUAGGUGAUGUUCCUCAAUCUCUGUUAUUAGAGAAACAUGCACAUGCUUUAUCACGCACAAGUCAUGCUUGUAUUCUUUUACAAGAGUCUUUAGACGCACAUUCAUGUCUGUUUCAGACAUCAUGAUGAACAACGGCCUGAUUCUUUCAGGUGCUGAAUCUGCCCAAGUUAGAUCAUCAUUUAUCAUAACAGAUGAAUAUUACAUCGUCUUACGUUUACAUUAACACAUUGGCAGUAAAGUUUGCAAAUAUGAAAGAUUAUUUAUGAGAUGUAUUUAAUAAAUAUUAUUCAUUAGAAUGAUUUUGUUUCAUUUUCAAACGAUCUUAGAAAAAAAAUGUAAGCAUUAUGCCAUCAAAUGUGCAUUUUAUUAUAUUUUAACAUGUAUAUGUUAUCUAAUAAAUAAAGUCACAUAAUUACAA